AUGCAGAUCGAUGAGGAUCCUAGUUGGCAAGACCCCAUCAUUGACUACCUAGUGAAUGAAAACCUGCCCGCGGACAAGUCCGAGGCCAAAAAAAUCAAGCAGAAGGCUGCAAGAUACUACAUGAAAGGCGACACGCUUAUCCGCAGAUCAUACUCCGGGCCUUAUCUCACUUGCAUCAAGUACCCAUAA